CGCUCGUUACGUUGUUUUACGUUGUGCAUCGGACAAGUGCAGCGUUACAGUAUAUAUGCAAAAAUAAGAAAAAGUGCACAAUAGCCUUUGACGCAAGGAGAAACACUGCUCAUUAGCAUUAUAGCUACAUGGCGUGUUCCUUGCAGGGUUUACUAAAAGCACUUUGACCCUUUUAAACUAUUUUGGCAAUACAUUAUGGGACCUCUGAGACACUUGAAAUUGUUGAAAAAUAGUAUAUAAUAUGGGACAUUUAAGUUUUGAGUCAUAUUGUUUUGAAAGUUCUACUGCAGUACUUUUGAGUGCACUCACGUUCUACUGCAGUACUUUUGAGUGCACUCAGGUGAAGGCUCCUAAAGGCACCAGAGGCUCUUAAGGUAAAUUAACUGUAAUCAUACCUCCGUGGUGAAGCAGUCUGCAGUCACACACACACACGCACGCACGCACACACACACCAUCUAGCAUGACAUUCUUCAGGCCAGUUUCACUUUGAAGGGCUUUCUAGCUCGAAGGGAGGCCCUGAAGAGAUCGCCAAGAGGGAACAUUUAGUCCCCCUCAUUGCUCUGGUCAUUCAUCUCCCUUGUUCUUCGCCACCUGGUACUCUACUCCUUAUCGUCAUGCAUCGUUGCAGUUCUGCUCACACUGUUACUUUGUGAGUUCGAGUGAGCCAGAGGAAUGAUGUUGACAGCUUCAUGAAUGAAAGACACCACAGUAUAAUAAUGUACGAUUUUGAUGGACACUUGUCAGGUUAUGACUUAAUAGCCCCUCUCAUGGCAACCUAACACCUAAUGCAGGACGGUUCCCAUCGACUGCGAACUCCAAACACAGUAGUAACAUGUUAAUUAAUGCCUGUCCUAACAGUGUCAAUCAAAACUGAGCAUUAUCUUUAUAAUUUAUUUCACACAGGUCUUUUGGUGGAUCUCUUACAAUUGUGCAGUUGCACUUAUGUGAAGUGUGUGGAUCACAGUCAGUAUGUUGAUUUACCACUCAUUUAGUAAGAAAAUAGCUUAAAAUUAACCCAAAAUGAUGUCAAUUAAUUUUCUUUGUGUUUAUUACAUUUUGUUAAUAGUACAGAUACAUUUAUGCAAUGGUAACUUUUUUUGGUCAGCUGAAUGGUUACGGUUGAUACCGUGAGUGGGGGGGAAAAAAACAAUACAUGCAGUUUAAUGUUGCAGAAGAGUUCUCUGCGUGUGAAUUUGUAAUAUAUUAUUUCAUUUGAUUUUACUUUAAUUUGUUCAAGCACUGUAUAGGGCUGUCUGUGUAAAAGCCCCAAAUCACUAUUUCUCCCCCCACUGAAUGCAAUGCUGGUCAAAAGCCAAUCAUAUGACUAAAGCAGUAGUGUGACUCCAGUUUUGGUCUAUCUCCUGGAUUGUGGGUAGCCAGCCACGUGUUGACAGAUGUGAACCGCCGAUGUGUGCGGACAUCUUGUGUCCUGAGAGGGUCAGCCACAGUUUUCACUUCUUCAAGUUCAUUGUUUCACUUGCUUAGAUUAGGAACAAGAGACAGUAAAUGUGCUCUGGUGCGCAGCUUAUCACCACCUCUCACUAAUAAAUCCAUGCUCUGUUCUCAAGAAGAUGGGUUUUGUCAGCUGUUGGAAAAUCAAAACAGGAACUUUUUUUUUUUGUUAUGUGUUAAAGCUGUUUGUCGGUGUCUGCACAUGACUGGGAGGAAGUGCUUCCUGGAAAGUCCAGCGUGAGUCUAAACACUGCACUCCUACAGGUCAUGUCGCUCUGCACGACCUCUUCACUUGUGACACGCUACUUAUUUACUUUUAUGGAUGACUUGCAGAACCAUCGUGGCUCACAAGCCAAGAUACUGAUUACCAGCAGUCUUUUAUUGCUGACUUUAUUCCUGCUUUUUUGUCUGUUUGGCAGAUUCUUGUGUGUGUGUGUGUGUGUGUCCCUGGCCUCCAUAGAGAACAAAUACAGUGACAACUUGGCUCAACCUUCUACGUGUGUUUCUCGUAAAGAGAUAUAGCCAAAAUUAGUCUGAAAUUUGUAUUUCACUGUAGAUAUUUGUACAGCCUUUAGCCUUAACAAAAAAAAUCUCAAAAAACACAAACUCUGAGACAUAAAACUAGGUUUUUUUUAAGCUUAUCCCAAAAGACUCUGGACUCAAAAGAAAUAGCAACAAAAUGUUUAAAAGACAGGUUUACCCAAUGGUGCUUACUGUUUUUAAUGUCACAUAUAUACACACAUAAAACAGUUAUUUAUUAACUAUUUUGGUUAUUUUUUUGAAAAGAUGAAAACAUUACAAAUUACAAAAAACAUUAAAUUAAAAUACAAUUCUACCACAAGGGGGAUAUUUUGUGUCAGUGUUGUACUUACAUAACAAAUACAGUACAUAGCUGCACACACUCACUGUAUUGGGAUGAUAAAUGUCAUUUUUAUUUUAUUUUGGUGUUUUUUGUUUAAUUUUUGUUUACUUGAGGACUUUUUGUUGAGCAGGCCCAUUAUUUAGACAAGGCAUAUUCAUUUUUUUUUAUUUCUUAGGGUUUCUGACAUGAUUCAUCACCUUUGCUUAAAUGUGUUUUGAUUGUCCGAUUUUUGAAAGCCAACGGUAAAUUCACAAAAAUGACAUUUAUAAUUCAUGGUGCCAGCCAUGGCAAGGUAGCCCUCGCUGUUCAGUCUCAUUCCCGGAAGUGACGUCUCUCAGCUAAAGCAGAGUAAACAAACACUUCUCAAGGUAGAUCGUUGACUUGGUUCAGUAUAUUUUUCAUGAAAAUAGUAGUCAUGCCAAAAUGUGUUACUGCUGGAUGUUCAUCGUAUCUGAGUGGUACUGUUAAGUUUUCUUUUCCAAAACAGUGAGGUUUAAGAGGAAAAAUGGACAAAGCAAGUGCAGAGAACGAGAGACAGACGGACGCCCACCCCGUGUUCUUUUCUUUUUUCAGUGUUCAUUUCACUGACUGCUUUGACUGCUUUGAAGGAACGCCUUUACAAGAAGCAUUUGGCUUGAAAGUACGGCAUAAACGCAUUUUGAAAAAUAUAAAAUACAGGAAAUAAAAAUCACAAUAAGAAGGACCACGGUGUCAAAGUUGCCACAGAACAGCGUAAGUCAUGUCUUGUUUGCAUAAUGUAUUCUAAAGACUAUUCCACCAUAGCGUCAAGGCUGCAAAGUAUUGUACAUGUUAUAUCAACAUCUUUUCACAGCGAUGUGUUGACGGUGGCGGGCAGGGGUGGCGACGAAGUAUGAAAAAUAAAUCCGACUAUAAAGACCCCUUUACGCUCACCAAUAAGCCCAUUUAAAAUAAUAAUUGAAGGAUAAGCAACCAUUCUGUGUUUUGAAGGCAACCAAUCUUCAUCUCCAUGUCUUAAUGCUUAAGUCCAUCUUAAGUUCUUAUUUCAUCUCCAAAUGUUUCUCCCUUCUUUUAUCCUUGAAGACUAUUGACACAUCGCUCAAAUCUUUGCUAUAAACACUGUACACAUCCUCUGCCUCGUACACCGCUAUGUUUGUGUUACUUCGAUCGAGUCACUUCCGGAAAUGAGACUGAACAGCGGGAGGCGCCGUCAUGGGUGGCGCCAUAAACUAUGUUAUUUUUGAAAAUGUACCCUUCGCUUUCAAAAACCGAACAAUGUAGAACAUAAUUACAAACAAUACAGUAUAUAACAUAGUUAAGCAAAGUUGAUAAAUCAUGUUAGGGACCCUUUAAUAUUCAGUGAGGACAUUUCAGUGCUGCCAUUGGCUGGCGACCACUCCAGUAUGUCCAGUCCAGCAUGUACCCAACUCUUGCUCAAAGUCAGUUGGGAUAAGCGCCAUCAUUCCCCCGCAACACUAGUGAGGACAAGUGGUAUAGUGAAGGAAUGGACGUUUCAAUGACUGAGUGUGUGGUAAAUGUUUUUCUGCUAAGGUUUUAACCAGUUAAACAUUGAUGGUUCUGCUUAUUCUACGACACCCCAGAACACUUGAUGCAUGUCUGGCUUCUCAUUGGCUUUAACUGUCUUAGUUCAUUUAUGAUGUCCUUUGACCCCGUAUCCACACGCGCAAAAGAACAUUGACAGUGUUGUUCAUAAUUAAGGCAAUGAAAAGAAUCCCAAAGAAGACCCAUCUCUUUUUUCAGAUGUUUCCUCUGUGCUCUUGAUGCUGUUUAGACUUCCUUAUCUGUUGUUUUCGCGGUCGUUAAGGAGUGGAGCCAGUUUCAAUAGCAACACUUUUGACCACACACUGUGACUUUAAUCUCUCUUGAUUUCACCCCAUUUUGCUUUUUGUCCUUCACUCCCGCUUUUUCCUGCAAGGUUUUUAGACAGAAACUACAAGAGCAAGUCCUCUCAUGUGUCCCCUUUCUCUCUCGUAUCUGCUCUCUUAGCUGCCCAGGAAGGUGUGUGGUGUUUACUUAAGUUAAGCCGGGGAAAGAAAGACAAAAACAUGCAUGCCCAAAGACGCUGACAUCUUGCGCAGACAGGACAGAAAGCAGCAGUUUCCUCUUCGUUUGAACGACUGCAUUUCCCAUCAGCCACCUCUCCUCCCCCCUCACACACACACACACACACACACACACACUUGUACCUGUUCAAGCUCCACCUUCAUCGGCUCUCAUGCUUGGAGUGGCCGGCCUGUGUUUGCUCAGUGCCCCACUGUACCUGUUUGUCAUGGAGGUGGACCAGCACUCCUCAGAGCAGUUGUCGAGCAACAUUGGCCACAGAUCUGAUUGGAUGGUUUUGUCAGAAUGACAGCCGAAGACUCUGCUUCCUCUUCAGCCAUGAGCAACAAUACCGCCCCCUCCAAAGCCUCCAAAUCCGCCGGUGCUUCCCACCACUCUCUUCUUGCACAGAUCCCCAUUCCCGAGGGUGUAGCAGGGACCCCCAAUGAGGCUGCACUGGUGGCCUUGAUGGAGCGCACUGGUUACAGUAUGGUCCAGGAAAAUGGGCAACGUAAAUAUGGACCCCCACCUGGUUGGAAUGGCCCAUCUCCACAGAGGGGAUGUGAGAUUUUUGUGGGCAAGAUACCAAGAGAUGUUUAUGAGAAUGAGCUUGUCCCAGUGUUCGAGUCUGUGGGACGCAUCUACGAGAUGCGCCUGAUGAUGGACUUUGACGGGAAGAACCGAGGCUAUGCAUUUGUGAUGUAUACUGAGAAACACGAGGCCAAACGGGCUGUGCGAGAGCUCAACAACUACGAGAUACGGCCCGGGCGGCUCCUGGGCGUCUGCUCCUCUGUGGACAACUGCCGUCUUUUCAUUGGCGGUAUCCCCAAGACCAAAAAGCGUGAGGAGAUCCUGGAGGAGGUCUCCAAGGUGACGGAAGGCGUGCUAGAUGUGAUUGUUUAUGCCAGCGCCGCAGACAAGAUGAAGAAUCGUGGCUUUGCCUUUGUAGAGUAUGAGUCGCACCGUGCUGCCGCCAUGGCCCGUAGGAAACUGAUGCCCGGGCGCAUUCAGCUAUGGGGCCAUCAGAUUGCCGUGGACUGGGCGGAGCCAGAAAUUGAUGUGGAUGAAGAUGUUAUGGAGACAGUGAAGAUCCUUUAUGUCAGGAAUCUUAUGAUGGAGACCAGCGAGGAAACGAUCAAACAGGUGUUUAGCCAAUGGAACCCAGGUUGCGUAGAACGAGUGAAGAAAAUCCGUGACUACGCCUUUGUUCACUUCACCUUCCGGGACGACGCGGUGCUAGCCAUGGACCAACUCAACGGAACAGAGGUUGAGGGUUCCUGCAUUGAGGUCACACUCGCCAAGCCGGUCGACAAAGAGCAAUACUCUCGCCAGAAGGCAUCAAAGGGGGUUUCUGCUGCUCCAGAAGCCACACAGCAGAACUACGUCUACCAGUGUGACCCUUACACGUUGGCCUACUACGGUUAUCCCUACAACACCCUCAUUGGACCGAACAGGGACUACUUUGUUAAAGGCUCGUCAAUGAUACAGAACAAUGCAGGUACUGUGCGAGGUCGUGGUCGUGCCGCCACAGGUAACCGCACCCCUGGUCCCCGGGGGUCGUACCUGGGGGGUUACUCUGCCGGUCGUGGCAUCUACAGCCGCUACCACGAGGGUAAGACCAAGCAGCCCGAAAAGCCUUAUGAACUGAUGCCCAGUCUGGAGCUGGCUGCCUCCGUCAACCCAGUUGCCAUCAAAGCAGGCACAAUGGCACUGCCAACUCUAGCCGGGCAGUACCCGGUGUUCAGUGCGGCGCCUGCUGCCAAGCUGAUGGAGGACGGCAAGGUGCACACAAUGGAGCACCUUAUUAACCCUCUGGCCAUGCAGCACCCUGAACACACCACGGCUUCUACUGCUGCUGCCGCCGCCGCCGCCGCCACUGUGCUGCCGGUCUCUACGCCUCCACCUUUUCAGGGUCGUCCCAUCACUCCCAUCUACGCCAUGGCCCACAACAUGCCUCGCAUCCCAGCAGCAGCAGCAGCCGGCGGCCUGUACGGUGCGGGAUACGUCCCCAUCACAAACUACGCGGCCAACACAGCAGCUCUGGCCGCUCUGCAGAAGAAUGCGGCGGUGGCAGCCGCGGCGUACGGAGGCUACGCUGGCUACACCGUGCCACAGGCUUUCCCCACUGCAGCCUUCCAGAUGCCCAUCCACGACAUCUACCAGUACUGAUGUGUCGUGACCCCGUGAGCGAUCUUAUUCUGCCUGUGACUGAUCCGCAUUGAAAGAAAACAUCUUUUGGACUUCACUUGAAGAAGCACACAUGGUGAAACAACACACCUCCAUUUGCCCAUGUAAUAACGCAAAAUUAGACAUAGGUGGUCUACUUACCUCUGUGUGUGUGGGGGGAGCAGCCUUGUCCCAAAUGUGAGCAAAACUAACUAACAAACACAUCUCUGAUCUCCCCCCAGCAGUAGUUUGCUAUGGCAACAACACCCUGAAGGUACAUUGAAGUAUUUAUGAAGAGAAGACUUAUAUUUAACAUUCUAUUAUUUGUAGGCUUAGCUUUGUAUUUUAGGGGAUAGCGUUUUCAAGUAAAAAGUGGGGGAAGAAGCUACUGACGAGAGGAUACCACUAAAGUUUUGCAUUUUACUAAUGUUUAUUUUCUCCACUAGUAUACAGGUGCAUGUCAAUAAAUCAGAGUAUCGUGCAAAAGUCAUUUGAUUCCAGGAGUUCAAUUCAUGCUUUGAGAACGAUUAAAGGCUCAGGAGGUUUUUGCAGUUCAUUUGCUGAUGCUAAAUUUGGGAAUUUUGUGAGUUGUAAGCUACAAUUGUUAUUAACAAUUUAAGAAAUGCAUUUUUGAAAUAUCUAUUAUUGAAUCUGAAUAACUGAAUCUAUAGAAUACAGUCAUCCCUCGCCACGUUGCAGCUUCACUCAUCACACGUUUCAAAAUAUAUUAAGUAAUAAAUCGGUGCUGUUUUGUGGCUGAAUACGGCCGAUUAUUCAUUUAAAAAAAAAACGCAUAUUUAAAAAAAUGUUAGCAUGCAUUUUCAAACAUAAAGACGGCUAAAUUAACUAAAAUACAAAUAUCAGGCAUUCAGAACACUCAUUCAAAUACAUGUUUUUGAUAUGUAGUACUCUACUAAGUGGGAGUAAUGUUACAUUGAUGAGACAAUAGCCACUGCAGGACCUUAUUUCUUAUGCAGGUCUUAAAUGGAUUAUUUUAUGUCUAUUAUGUGGGUAACACCAGUGUAAAGGCGACUGUAGUGGUAUUAUUUCAUGUCUAGAGGGUUCUAAUAAUGUUAAAACCGUAUUUAGAAGAUCGUAAACAGUUUUUUUUCUGCUCUAACUACGAAAAUAUUUAGUUCUGUAUAAAUAAGAAAUCCUACUCACUCAUCAUGGUCUGAUCUGGAACCAGGUAACAGCAAUAAAGGAGGGACGACUGUACGAGGGUUUCACUGCUUAAAAUGAACUACUGAAAUAAAUGAACCUUUCAAAGAUAUUCAGAUUUAUUGAGAUGCACACGUGUUUAGUAUUCUUGUCCGUCCAUGCUGAAAGAAUGUUUAUUGGUACUUUAUUUGGCUCAAUUAUUUGUGUUGCUGUGCUUCUUUUCAAAUGAAGGUUAGUUAGCUUGUUUCCUUAUCGCUGCUUUCGCUUUUUCAAAGCCACUUUUCUUGGUUUAUUUGAAGAAAUGUCCCCAGUUGAAUAUGUUUUUGGGUUUGUUUUUUUUGGACACAUCCCUUGUGGAAUGAAUUAGAAGCAUGUUUGAGCCUGACAAAUGGUGGUGAUAAUACAGUACAUUUAUUUAGAUGGAGACGUGUUCGACACUGGGGACUAAGACUGAACCUUUCUCAUUUAUAUUGUCUUUUUUUUAAUUUGUCUUAUUCUUUUUUAUUCUUAUUAUUUGAAGGUGAACAAAUAUACAUUUGUCAAAGCUUACAUACACUCCAGUCUGAGGACAUUAAAGCAGACAAAAGUGCCUUAAAGAUACAUUUGAAAUCUUCCACUGUGCCUCAGGUGACAAGUGGACAGCAGAUUGGAUGCUUCCGGACUUGUGGUGACUCUGGAGUCCAGUGUGGGGGUGGCAAGGCAGUAACGCUCCAUACGUUCUCCUGAACUGUGCUUAAACAUAUCGAUGAAGACAGGCUACUUGGCAGUCUUUGUGACCAAAAGCGGGGGUGUCCAAAAUCCGGCACAAGGGCCAUUUGUGGCCCGCGGCUUUUUUUUUUUAGGCAUAUUCCUAUUACACGUCUUUUUUCUUUUCUUUUACUAUUAAAAAGUGGCACCUGUUGUACACAGGAAGUGAACAAAAUAAGUAAUUUCUGUAACAUGGAUUGAAUAAGCUCUGCGUCUUCUUACUCCUAUUCGGACAUGUUGAAUUGUGUAACCGAAAACAAGGUAUAUACUUCAAUGCAACCGUGUAUGCAUGUUCAAAACAAACUGAAGCAUUUCCAAAAUAAAAUUAAAGCACCCGCAUCGGAACAUGAACCCGACGAAAGAAAAAAAAAAAAAGUUAAAAGAUAAUAAGCGAGUAACUAUUGUCUUUGUCAUGGGACAAAUAGUCAAUGACUUACAAUUAGUUGCUAAGUCCCACCUGUUGUUCUUAAUGGCUGCUAUGUUUUUCAACCAACCUUUCUCAAACCGUGUGGGGUAUUUCUCAUGAAAGUAAUUGCAGUAGUGUUAGUUGUUGUGUGAAGCCGUUCAGGAGUCGAAGAAAAAUACAUAGUCAUACCAUAUUGACUGUUAAGCAUAUCUUGACCACUGUGAAUUGGUUUUAGUGCGGAAAAAACGUUUUUGGACACCCCUGCUCUGAAGGAAAUACCGACUUCCAACAGCUCGGCUAAAAUAUACACUGCAUAGCCAUAAUAUCGACAUACACUGUAAGCAAACUGUUUACCCAGAGUUUCGGAUACCUUGCGUCAAAGCGAGUUUGCGCCAUCUCACCAUUUUAAAACACAACUGCUUUUAUUCUUUUUUUCUUGUAUCAGGAUAUAUAUUUAAUUAAUAUAUGCCUUACAUAUUUUGUGUAUGAGGUAAGAAGAAAAGGUCUAAUAUAUUCUAAAACUUUUCUUUAUUAACAUUGUUUAGGGAUUGUUUUUUUUUUCUUGCCAAAAGUGUCCAGCAGUUCUAAGCAUUCAAAGUUAUGAUGUGUGAUGUACUUUUUUUGUGCUAUUGUGAACUGGAUGCGGCGGUGUGAGCGGGGCUUUUCUUUCAGCUUGAUGUUAUUACUUAGGAGUAGCCAAGACAAAAACAUGCCAGUGUUCUUUGACUAUUGGCGUUCAGUCAUUUAAACAUUUGCUUGUAGCUUUACUAGUUCUGCCUCUCGCUCAAAAUUGCUGCUUUUCUUUCUUAUUGGCUUCAUUUUACCCACAUAACAACAACAACAAAACAUGUGUGGAGCUCCAUAGAAGUUGAAUUAUAUAUGUGUUACCAUUUAAAACUCUUACUAGUUUGUGCCUUAUUGCCAACAUGUGCUUUACCUUGGUAGACCUAUGAAGACUGACUUCUAUCUGAGGGUUUGUAUUAUAAAACAAAACAAAAAAAAGUCUUGUUAUAUUUAUAGUAAGAAAUAGAUAAAUAAAGCAUUUUCAAAAGUCA